CACCUUAUCGGCAAACAUUGCAGGAUAGUUGUAUUAAGAUCGAGAAAAAGUCAUCAGCAAACGAACAUGGUUGUUGCACUCUAGAUAACCACAACACGGCAGGAGACGAGUUAGCUAGCAGAUGAACUGCGGCACAUCAGCUUCAGAUAGAGGGAAGUUAGAACUAGGUCAAUUCAGAUUUUUCAGCUUCCGCUUAGGAAAUGAAAGGGAGCGUUUGCCACGAGCUGGAGACUGAGCUCCCCGCGGCCGAGCUGUGGGAGGUCUAUGGAGGCCUACUUGUUGGCCAGCUCGUCCCUCACCUGGUUCCUGAGGUAUUCUCCAAGGUUGAGCUCGUUGAAGGAGACGGUGGCGUUGGAACUGUCCUUCGUGUCAUCUUCGCUCCUGGGAUACCUGGGGGAGGAUCCAUGAAAGAAAAGUUCACCAAAAUCGACAAUGAAAACUACAUCAAGGAGACAGAGGUGAUAGAAGGUGGUUUUCUGGAUCAUGGCUUUCAGAGAUACGCCGUGCGGUUAGAGAUCGUCGGAAAGACAGGCAAAUCAUCUGUAAUACGAUCAACCAUCGAAUUCGAAGUUGAAGACGCGAGCAAGGCAUCCUCCGUUAGCAUCGGUGGUUUAGCUGCUGUCGCUGAGGCCGUCACGAAGUAUAUGAAGGAGCAGAGGGUUGGUGAACCUGAACAUGCUCCAAAACAGGCUUCAGACGAAGAGAACAUCCAGCCAAAGUGAGGAGACAAGUUGUGAAUCAUGUGAUCAUAUAGUGAGAAGAGAAAACAUUUAGAAUUGCAA